AUGCUAGAUUCAUUAAGCAGCAAAGAGAAAGAGGAACCGCACGCGGACCUAGACAGCAUCGACGUGAGUGAAUACAAUCAUGUAAUAAACAAUUCCAACAGCUCGGGGGAAGAAGACGAUGAGUCUUCAUCGGAUGAUUAUAUGGAAGGUGAAGAAGUGACGAAAGGCAGUCACAACAGGAGUAAUUUGUAUGGUGGUAGUAAAGCUAGUCCAAAUAACAGCUGUGGUCAAGCGAAUAAUGACCAAGCCGACGGCGUCACCAAUUCGGAUAAGAGAUGUACCAAUAGCCCAAAUGACACAACGACGUUAACAAAAUCGAGCCAAGAAAAGGGGAGCCAAGAUACAAGUGGAAUAAACAAAAAAGGUAAAAGCAGCGAAUACAAACAAAACGAAAUUCAAAACAACCACACAUAUAUCUACGUUAGGGUAAAAACAAACGAAUGUAAUAACAACAUCAUUAAGUGCAAAAUAGAAAAAAACAUCACUGUAAAAAAAUUGAAAAAAAGUCUGAGGAAAAUAUUACACAAUGAAGAAGACGAGUAUAGGAUUAUUUACAGAGGAAGACUGCUAAAGGAUGUGGAAGUUUUGGCCAAGUACAACAUAAAAUUUAAUGAUAUCCUCUACGCAAUUAGAAUUAAUAGGAAAAGAAAUGGAAAUGACGCCAUCCUCGAUUCAGGAAUUACAAGCUCACAGUUAAGUACUAUAGGAGAGGAGUAUAACGACUUUGGGAAAUUUCCCCAAAACGAUAAUAUAUCAAAAUUAAUUUCUUCCAUGUUUGAUAAUAGUGAUUUUCUUAAAUCAAUUAUGGACUCUAAUAAGCAGCUGCAAACGUUAAGAGAAAAGAAUUCCGAGAUACACCACAUGUUAAAUGAUUCACAAUCGUUGAAGCAGUCAUUUGAAAUGAUUAAAAAUCCCUCAUUAAUGAAAGAACUGAUGAGGAAUACGGAUCGAGCCAUAAGUAAUAUAGAAGCCAUUCCAGGCGGGUUCAACACUCUGAGACGAAUGUAUCACAAUAUACAGGAACCCAUGUAUGCUGCCAGUGAGGCCUCAAAUGAAAAUAAAAAAAAUAAAGUGAAACAUUAUGACUUAAAAGCUUCUUCUCCACCCACCAGUGAAGCGUUCCCGAACCCCUGGGCUUCCAAAGAUGUUAAUGCAAAAAAUAAAAAUAGUCAAAAUAAUGAUCUAGAUAAAUAUCUUCUCAUGAAUAAUAAUUUGUUUAACAAUAGCAAUGAUCUUUUUAAAUCGAAUAAGAAGAACAGGGGAAAUGGGUUGGGAGCCAACAACAACCUUUUCAAGACUAACAUUUUGGACCUCCUGCAACAUUACCAGGCGCCUCCUCAAAAUCAGAUGGGUGGCAUAAACGGAUCGAGCAGCAUGAACAACCUCUUCAGCAGUGCGCAAAUGAACAGGCGGCAAAUGUACCACGGGUUAUUGAACACUGGGCUGUUUAACCCGGGUUUGUUGAACAACGCGUCAUUAAAUAACGGGUCUGCGGUCAGCCCCCCCCCUAGUAACACUCAUCCCAAUGGCACGCAGCCCGCAAGUGGAGCUUCCCCUGUUGGCGACCUGUUCAACAACAACCUAUUUAACGACAAGCUAUUAUGCGGAUCCAACUAUACGAAUGAUUUUAUUAACCAGUACACACAAGUGGAACAGAACAAGGACGACACAGAAGUGGCCAAUGCGCCAAACCAAGUAAUUUUAAAUGUGAAGGACCAAGUGAAUAAUGAUAACGAUAUGAAGUCCAUGUUGAGUGAUCCCUCCCUUAUCAACCAGAAUGGUGAGGUAACCGCUUCGAAGAGUAGCGGUGCUCAUCUUGGCGAUGAAGAGAAGGGUAGGGGUGAUGUGGUUGUGAACACUGCUGAUGAGGGGCAACUCCCUCUGGGAGGGAAAAGGAAUGCCAGUGAAAGUAUAGUAAAGGAGGCCAUCGCGGAGAAUGAACUGGAAGAGAGUAAUACGAAAGGAGGGGCGGGUGGCGACGCGGAUCAUUUGAACAAUAUUGUAAAUGUGACUUGCGGGAGGGGUGACAAUUCCAUGGGGGAAGGCUCUCCCAAUUUGUUACCAAUUGAUGUGAGUAGCUCGAAUGGGGUUAUCCCCCCAAGUCCUGCGGUGCUGAAUAUGCAGCAAGGGGGUGGCAACCUGGGCGGUCUUAGUGGGACCCCGUUAAACAUCCAGGAGAAUCAUGUCAAUAACCUCGAUUUGAGAAGCAUGUCUGAGGCGAUCAAGUUGUUGAGGAACGGUGGCGGCACUGUUGGUAGUAGUGUUGGUGGUACUGUUGGCGGUACUGUAGGCGGUACUGUAGGCGGUAGCGCCCAGAGUGAGCAAGAAUAUUUUUGUAAGCUGUACGCCGAGCAGCUGAAGUCACUACGAGAAAUGGGGUUCACGGACGAACAGAAAUGCAUAAAGGCGCUAAUUAACACGCAGGGGAAUAUAGACAGGGCCAUCGACUUUUUGUUGGCCAAUAUGACUGCAGAUCAGAAUUGA